UACUAUUCUCGUGGCAUUGGCAUCAAUCCUAAUAUGUACGAGUGUGGUACAGUUUGUUUGAGCCUUCCCAAAACGAAUGGUGGCCUGGAGCCGAUGUGGUCGCCUGGCAGUUCGACUAUGCUUCAACUGCUCGUCGCCAUACAGAAUCGCUUUUUGAACGCGAAGCCCUUAUUCAAUGACCCUACAUAUGCACUUAUGAGAGACACACAAUAUGGCGAACAGGCUUCAUUCCAAUACAACGAAAUGACUCUUAUAAAAUCACUUAAAACAAUGUUGUAUACCAUGAUCCGGCCACCCAAGAACUUUGAGGAUUUUGUGGCUGGACAUUUUCACAAUCAUGGACGUGGUAUUUUAGUGACGACAUGUAACAAGAAGCCCUGCUCAGUCACAUUCAAGAAUGAAUUGGCCAGAAAUUUUAGACCCGUUGCAGCUGCAUUUGCACAAAUCGGGGCAGUUGGCCGGACAAUCUUAAUUUUGAAAUUGAAGGAAGAUGAAGUAAUCCUUGAGAUGACGGAGGGAACGAUCUGUCCUAACACCCCAUCUCGGAACUAAAGAAAUUGUGUCACAUCUAAACGUAAGCAAUAAUGCAAGGAGGGGCGUACGGAUCUAAUGUAUUAGUAGCUAUGUCAUAGGACCUAUCUUAGAUUUUUCUUUAAAAAAAAAUAGAGCUUAUAUGAUAUGUGUUUUUAUGACGCAUGCUAUUAUUUUGUGAAGACCUACCUUAUACGAGAAAUAUAAAUGAAUAUGGAUUAAGUUCUAUGAUGAA